UCCGUGCUCCGAAACAUGGCGGCCCCCGUGGCGGCUCUGAGCCGGGCUCUGCUGCGGGUGGCUCCUGAGCGGCUGGUGCAAGGAGGAAUCCGGGUGCUGCUGCGGCUACCAGUCGAAGGAAGGACCCCGGACCCAGAGCGCAACUUCAGCCUCUCUCACUGUCGGAGCACGGUCAUCGUGGAGCGCUGGUGGAAGGUGCCGCUGGCCGGGGAGGGACGGAAACCGCGCUUGCACCGGCGACAUCGCGUCUACAAGGUGGUGGAGGACACAAAACACCGUCCCAAAGAAAACCUAGAGCUCAUCCUCACGCAGUCGGUAGAGGAGCUUGGAGUCCGGGGUGACGUGGUUUCAGUGAAGAAAUCAGUGGGCCGUAAUCGACUGCUUCCUCAAGGACUGGCUGUAUAUGCAUCCCCUGAAAAUAAGAAGUUAUUUGAAGAGGAGAAAUUGCAAAGACAAGAAGGAAAAUUAGAAAAGAUUCAGACCAAGGCAGGUGAGGCGACAGUGAAAUUUCUGAGAAGCUGUCACCUGGAGGUGGGGAUGAAGAACAAUGUCAAAUGGGAGCUAAACCCUGAAAUAGUUGCCCGCCACUUUCUAAAAAAUCUGGGUGUUGUGGUAGCCCCACAUGCAUUAAAGUUACCGGAAGAGCCCAUCACUCGGUGGGGCGAGUAUUGGUGUGAGGUGACGGUAAAUGGCCUUGACACUGUAAGGGUACCUAUGUCUGUGGUGAACUUUGAGAGGCCCAAGACCAAAAGAUAUAAGCACUGGUUAGCCCAGCAAGCUGCCAACAGAAUGGCCUCCACCAGCUCCCAGACAGUCUGAACCUACCUACUCUCUCUCAAAAGCAGCAAAGCAGAAAGAAUCUGAGGCACAGUUGGAGCAAAGGUGGGCCAGCUCUGACCAAAUGAUUGAAUUUUAGAGAGCAUAAGGGGACAUUGGAUGAAACUGUGUAUUCAUGUUGAAUUUAUCAUCUUGCCAUCUUCAUCCUCUACUGUUACCACAUCUAGCCUUGUUGGGGUGGUCCUGCUCAAGAAGUACCAAGCUAUAGAUUCAAUAAACCGAAUCUUAAUAGACUAAAACAGUCCAGAUCCUAUUUCCUCUUCCUCCAUUGGAUUCAUUGGAGCAAAUGGAAGAGCUGUUAUCUUUAGUAUUUGGCUCAUCAUUAUCAUCAAAAGUGAACAUUUAUGUCUCAAGAAGAAAUAAAGAGGUUUGUUCUUUUUAAGUGUUUACUGUGCUUCAGUAGACUGGGGACAGGACAUCCACACGGGAUGUCCUCUUGAGCCACGAAGGUUUGCUACUAAAAAGGAAGAAUAGGGUACAUUUCAGGCUACAGUUGCUAUGGGCAAGUUACUCAAUGAGCUAUAAUGUCGCUGGCCCUAAAACUUGCUCUCACUAGGUAUAUUGAUACAAGUCAUCAAUAUAAAUAUGCACAAUGGCCCUGGCUGGUGUGGCCAGCCUGUGAACUGCAGGGCUGUUGGUUCAAUUCCCAGUGAGGGCACAUGCCUGGGUUUUGGGCUGGGUCCCUAGUUGGGGGCACUCGAGAGGCAUCUGGUUGAUGUUUCUCUCACAUACCGAUAUUUCUCUCCCUCUCUCCCUUACCCUCUCUGAAAAUAAAUGAUUUUUUAAAGUGGAACAGUGAA